AUGCGUUCGCGUAUAACAUUUCCAGGCCCUUUAGCUUCUAGCUUAGUGGAAGCUGCUAUGCUAGCUCUUGAUCCGAGUUCAUUAGCACAGUCAAAUUUUCUUUCAAACUCUGGACAAAAGUGUACGGCUAACUGCAUUCAUGGUACGAUUGAGAAUGGUUCUACUUCAGAUAAUGAUUCUGCAACUUACGUACAAACGACUAGUAAGGCCCAAACAGAAGAAACAAUACCCGCCAGUACACCUGGAAAUCCUACUUGUUCUUCAACUUCAGUUAUUCAACAGAGGCGCUUAGCUGAGCAUGGGCUAGAUUUACUUUCUCAUCUCAUCAAUAAGUAA